CGGGACCUUGAACUGCUGCAUUAUGGGAACGGCGCCUGACGUCAGAGUUUGGAAUUUCAUGGCGGACAUCAACGAGACGGAAGCGAAGUCUGGGCAAAAACUGGGCGAUAUUUCCCUUCUAAGAUGGUCAAUGCCCUGUAAGAACAUAGCAUAGGGAGGACAGAUUAUAACUGAGGCCGACUGGUGUGGUUCAGUGACCGAGAGGAGGUAUUUUCCCUUGUUUAGAGCCACGAUCUGAUGGCAGUGUUUUGACUAUGUUUUGGAGAUGAGAUGAGAGGUGCGGCAGGCAGCAGGACCUAGCGGCCCGCUAUGGACCAGUCCACGGCCUCCGUGCAGGCCCUCCUGCGGGCCUGUGAGCAGGGAGACCUGGCCGCCGUGCAGGCCCUGCUGGACCAGGGGGUACCGGUGGACGCCGCGGAUGACGAGGACGUGACGCCGCUGCAGACCGCCGCGGCCUACGGGCAGGACUCAGUGGUGCGCCUGUUGCUGAUGCGGGGCGCUGCGCUGGAGAAACCCAACCACCACGGAUGGACACCACUCCUACAGGGUGCCAGGAAUGGCCAUUUGAGUGCAGUGGAGCUGCUGCUACAGAACAAGGCAAACCUCAACCAUCGCAGUAAGCUGGGGGCCACGGCGCUCACGCUGGCGGCGCGCGGCGGUCACGCCAACGUCAUCCACAUGCUGCUGGAGGCGGGGGCGGACAUCAGCGAGGCAGAGACCCAGUGGGGGAUCACGCCGCUCAUGGUCGGUGCCAUGUACGGCCACGACAGCGUGGUGCGGUUACUCUCACCCAUCGAUCCCGGCGGGCUCCAGCCGCCCCACACGCCCGACAUGACGGCAUGGAACGCGCUGAUGCUCGCCACGUGGAACGGACACCUGAGCACCAUGCAGCUACUUGUGGAAAAUGGGUACGACCCAAACAGGACCAAUAUACUGGACCAGACUCCCUUAGAACUUGCCAUAUCGAGAGGGAACAAGGCGAAAGAUAUCAGAGGAUACCUGGAGAAAAGGACCAGACGGAAGCCAAGACUUGUUACUGAUGAAGAGACCAAACCAGACAUCAUAGAAUCUGCCAAAACAGGUAACAUCAAAAGAAUAAAAGAGCUCCUGCUUGAGGACAUCAGCCUUCGCAAUGCGUCCUGUACUCAGGAGGGAGGAGCCACGCCGCUCAUGUUCGCCGCCAUGCACGGUCACAUGGCUGUGGUACAGCUCCUCGUGGAGAAGGGCGCAGACAUCAACAAACAAGACACCAUCAGUGGAUGGACAGCACUCAUGCAGGCUGUCUACUAUGGGAAGAAAGCAGUUGCAAAAUACCUGAUAACAGCAGGUGCUGAUGUCAACAUCCAGGCCAUGAAUGGCUGUACAGCCUUUGAUAUGGCUUCACUUAUAGAUGACAUUGACACUGAGCUGGUGAGAUUGCUGGCUGCAAAGGCCAUGAAAGUCAACAAGCCACAGAAGGGGCGAUCUUCUGCUUGGAUUACACCUUCUACUAGCAGCUCCAACUCCAAAGCUGCCCUCAAUGGUGGAAAUAUUCCCUCUACCUCUGAGGAGAAUGUGAGAGGCUUGAGGUCAUGGUGGAACCGUAUGUCGAAUCGCUUCCGAAAUCUGAAGAUCACACGAACGUUGCGAGGCAUUAACAAGUUGGCUCCCUUCAAUGACGAAGAGGAUAUCAACGACAUGACACUACGUAGCCCCCAACAACAAGAAAGUGCCAACAGACCAGAGCAGCCCAAAAGAACCAUAACUAGUGCCUUCAACAGCAUAGGUGACUCAGGGAUGGGUAGCAGUUCUCUCUACACUAUGAAUUUGAACUCAGGCCCAGCCUCCAAACUGCCCAAUGACAUGCUCCUGCCAGUCAUCCCCCCGUUCCUGCCACCACCGACUUUUGAGUUGAACAACACAGACAGACCCCGCAUGAUGUAUGGUUCCAGAACAUCACUAUCAGGAAGCAACGGGAGCUCCAGCAACAAGACCCUGCUGAGACCCAGCCGUUUCCUGGCCACGUCGGGAAGUACCCACACCAGUCCCAACAACUCCUCACACUUCCACACCCACAGCCCCACCUCCUCCGGUGGAGCCAGUACUGUCAGCGGCAUCUACCCUCCAUCCAGGAGAAACAUCCUCACUGGGUACGGGGGAGGCUCUCUAGCCCCCAUCCCUGGUCAGGUCUCCUACCCAGACACAGGUUUCCUUCCUCACAUCACAUCUCCCAACAAGAGAAACACGGCCAGGUCACCUGCACAGUCUAUCAACAUACCCAGCGUGGUUUUGAGCCAGGAGAUCAUGUACCUAAGUCCUGAAAUGGCACCGGUUACGUCCACGACGGCCACCAUCCAUCCUGUGGUGAUGUCCACCAUGAAGACCUCAGCCUCCAGCAGUUCUCUCAGUGGGUCAUCCUCCAAGACGAAGAGACCGGCGUCAGGUGGGACCUCCAGAAGCAGCACUCUCACACCAUCACCUUCUCCCACCCGCAAGGGGAGUGGGGACGAGAAGAGGCACAGCCUAGGUAUCGGCAAGGUGCAGCCACCGAGGGGAAGCUCAAGUGCGACUUCAUCAGAAGAGGAUGAUGUUUCUGCACUCCUCAAGAAGCUGUCACUAGAAAGAUACAGAGCCAUCUUUGAGGAGCAAGAGGUGGACAUGGAGGCAUUCCUUACACUGACUGAUGAAGACUUGAGAGAACUCGGAAUCUCUUCUGAAAGACCCAGGAGGCAAAUUCUUUCUGCCAUUGGAGAACUGAACUCUGAAAAGGGAAGGGAAAGGCAAUUUUACAGAGAAACUCUCAACAACUUCCAGCCAGCCAUUGGAACUGGCAUGGGUGGUCCUGGCAGCCUAGUGAACUGGAAUAUGUCCCAGCAAACAGUGCAGGCUGUCCGUAAAGCUUAGUAGAGACGCCAUGUACAUGUACAUGGAUACGGAUCAAGGCACAAGACUAUACUGCAAAUACACAACGUACCAGACAUAUCCAGACCAUGGACUGUUGUUGGCUUCAGAUGAUAUCAAAGUGUGAACUAGCCAUUUUCUCCUUCACCAACAUUCCUUUGACAAGAGAAACAGAACAUAGACUGUUGUUUUAAGUAUAUGAGAUGUAGAUAUUAGUGUUAACUUGGAGAAACUAAAGAGUAUUUAUUACUUGCUGUAGGAUGACCCUGUCUGGUAGUCUGACGUCCAGGUCUGGGCUCAUUUGUGUUGGUUCAAGUCACCUUGUGGGUAAACUUUUAAACCUAUAGUAUGAUAACACUGGGCAAGAAUUUCUAAAUGUGGCAGGUGCAGGUCUUGUAUCAGUAGUGUUUUCUUAUGGGUAGUUCCUACAAAAUACAAAAUUCCCAACAUGUUACAUAGCUAUCAGCACUUUUCUAAACUGAUCAACUUACUACUCAAUUACAUCUACUAUAUCGAUGUAAACACAUGCAUUGGUCACAAGGAAAGGGUGAGCAUCUCCAGAAGGUGUUAGUCAUCUUUUAUUAUCUUUGAACAGGAUUACCCAGUCUAGACAUAUGUACAUAGUACAUAAUCUCAAUUAUGCUUAUCCAGCAGUCAUAACUGUUUUCUGUUGUAGGAUAGGCAGAUCACACCACAGCUGUUACACCCCAUUCAGACCAGACUUAUAUUAAGCGGUUUCAACUGGUUUUUCAAAAACCGGUUUUUAUUUAACCUAGUGUGAAUGCAAAUCAACCGGUUUUUAGGGGUUUAAAUCCGAUUUUCAAAAACCACCUCGGGAGGUGGUUUUUGAGGGGCUUGUCCACAGAAAAACCUGGUCUGAACGUUAAGGGUUUAUUGAACCGGUUUUUGCAUCAUAAUUCUGGGGUCACGGGGUCAGCAUCCUGACCGUGUGCAACCUCCAAGCUUUUUGAUCGUGUUGUUUUGACCAAGUUGAGUUUGUUUCCACUGUUUUUCCACGGUUUCUCUUCAUUUUGCGAUGGAAUCAGCAUACGCAACCUGGUCGGUGGACAAGACGCUCCUGAUACUUAUUUUUGGAGAGCAGGAGUCGCAGAAUUCGAAAAAGCUGGGGGGGGGGGCGUCUAACCGAAAAAAAAUGUUGGAGGAGCUUGCAGACAGCAUACAAGAACCUAAAGACGGCAUACAAGAAGGCCCAGGACAACAAUCGGAAGAGCGGGAGGAACGGAUAUUCAAAACUGCAGUCAUGGCCGAUUCAUUGGAUAUUCACUGGACAGGAUUUUUACAAAACCGGUUAUGAAAAGUCUGAUAUGAACGCUAAGGGUUUUAGCCGGGUUUUCCUCCACUAAUUAUUCAGCGGUUUCAACCGGUUUUUAAAAGUCUGGUCUGAACGGAGUCUAGUCUAAUGGCUGGUAUGAAUGUAGACGUGUGAUUUGCACUAAACACAAAUAUGUUGUACAGUAAAUGUAUGAAAUGGCCUCCUGUUUUGGCAUCAGAAACAUAUCCUCGUAUUGUGGAAACUUGGAGAAUUCCUGCAAUCAGAGUAUUUUCAAUAGUCUUACUUGCAUAAUGAUAUCUGUAAAUAUAUAUACCAAUCCUGUAGUAGAUGUAAGAAAUAUGUGUAUAUUCUGCCCUAGUAAGGCUGCAAGCAAUGCUUUAAGUGUUUUAUUUUAAAUGGCAAGCCUUGAAAUGGCGAAGCCUUUUUAUUAACACAGCCCAUAAAAAGCACUGAAAAACAUGAUGUAUUUUGAAUUUGCAUUAGAUGAAAUCUGCAUUCAGCAGCAUACUGUAUUUUAUGUGAAUACUAGUGCAAAACGAUUUUUGUGUUUCAACUGUAGUGUGAUAUUGUGAACAGUGAUGUCAUACAGUCUUUCAACUUCUGUGGAAUCACUUAUUGUCAUGUUGUCUUUCGUCAGUUUAAGUAUUGUCAUACAUGUAGAUGUAUGUUUGCUGCCUUGCAGUACUGUUUACCAAGAGAUGAUCAUAAAAGAUGAAAUAUAAAACAAUAUAUUUCAUCCAUACCAUGGUAUGGAGUGAAAUAUAAUAACCAUGUUUGCAGCAAAAUGGUGCAAAAUUAGGUUUAGACAUGCCAAAUCAACUUCCCAAUAUUACUCUUACAUUCUUACUAGCUUGAAAAAAAGACCCCAAACAUAGAUUGUUUGCUGUAGGACAACUUAAGGUAGACAUUGUAUGCAUUACUAACUUCCAGACUAUUACAUCUACAUUUCUGAAGGACAUACUGUAACAGUAUUAUGUGUACAGUACCAAUAACUACUGGUAGAUAUCAACCUGUUGAUGACACAGCUUUUUUUCAGUCAAGUACAUUGUAGAAUCAGGGUGUGUGUGCCGGGGGUAGGUACAUGUAUGACGAGGACACUGCACAUAACUUUUCAUUGUGUUAUUGUCACAAAUAACUGCUUGGGUGUUUAAAUUUACUCCUGAUUGUUAUCCCAGUUUGCCCUACCAUUGCUGAACACGUCUGAAAUUGCUGAUCCAGUAUUUAUUACUUCAGUUUGCUUACCACUUUGCACACACAGUAAAAUAUCAUCUAAGCUACCAUCACAACAUACCAAUUGAACACAAGUUUUCAGAGCGAAAAGGUUUUGAAAAGGAGCUGUAUGAAAAUGGAACAUUUGGGAUGACACGAUCGCUGUGAAAAGGUAGCUCACACAUUUGAAGUGCCUACUACAUUAGGUUUCACUAACCAUCUGGAACUCGAAAUGAUGUUAGAUGUGCAGGCAUGUUUAUAAUUAUCACUGAGUGUCAGGUUCACUUGCUACAUGUACGUCCAAGCUGUAUUGUCGUUUGAUUAUCUCUUUGUGUCAAAGGCAGAUAGUUCUAUUUUGUACAAUUUAUACUAGUAGAAAGUGCUAUAUUUGUAAGCAAAGGACCCAUGAAAUAUGCUUGUUUAGAAGGAAUUCUGGUACACAUAAAUUGAAAGACCACUGAUUGUAUGAAAGCUAAUUAUGUAUAUAUAAGUGGCAACCUUUUGCCUAGCAGUAACAAGCUCAAUCUUGUAGUGUUCUUACAUUCCCAAAUUUGCAAUAAAUGUACUUAAUGAUCUA